AUGUCUGAUUUGAAAGAAUAUAGAAUACAUAUAGGGAACAUAUCACCAAAGCUCAAGGAUAAUAGUAAUCUCUUGGAACAGCGAAUAAGAAAAUUCGACAUUGACAUCAAAUUACCAUUGGAAUUCCAUACCAAGCCAAUUGAAACGAAAUACUUUGCAUACACCACUAUCCUUGCAUCUUCAGCAAAUUUCAGCAAAUUGAAAGCCUCACUUCAUGGUGUUCAAUUCAUGGGAUUAAAACUUACUAUCUCGAUAGCUAAACCAUCAUAUCAAGAGCGUUUUCACACUAUACUGCAAAGCAAACUAAAACAAUUGCGUCAAGAUGAACUCAAACAGGAAAAGAUUGCAAAUUCAAGACUUGAUAGGAUACGUGAACUACACACAAGCUACCCCACCAACCCAAUCACUUCAACCAUAGUCACCACCCCAAAACCAUCCACAUUCUCACUCUCACAACACAUAUUCAACAAUACAUCAGCCAACACCAAAAACCCACCACCAACCCACAGACUCAACGGGUCCAAAUCGUACGGAGCUACCCUAGACAAUUUGAAUUUUAAAUAUCGUAAUGGAUCAGCCCAUUCCGUUGUCAAGGGAGCUCAUCGUCGUCAUGCAAGAAAAGAUGUACGACUGCAAACCUUGCGGAUUUUGGUCAAUGGCGAAUUGAAAAAUUUCAAAUUCUACAAAACGAAAUUGUGGGGGGUAGAGAAGAAUAAAACGGUGAGGGAUAUGACGUGGAGGUAUGAUGCGAAAAUGGGGUGGAAGAGUGGCGAUGACCAUUUGAUUGAAGGGGUUGCUAAGAAAACAUGUGGGAUUAAUGGUGAGCAGGCGUUGAGGUACGGUGAGGGCGUCGUGGCACAUGGUGUUGAAUCUAGUAGCAAGUCUCAUCUAGCAACAAGCGAAGUGAAGGGUGAGGAUGGAGACGACGAGAUUUAUCAGGAGACUAGCAAGAAUAAAGCAAUUUUGGCGUCGUUAUUGACAAACUAUGAUUUUGGUAAACCUGUGGAUUUAGAAGAAGAUAAGGACAUCGAUAAGGAUGAGAUUGAAGUUGAUUCGAAGGGGCGUAAGACGGUGAAACAUUAUGAUUACGAAGUGGAAGGAAAAGCUGGCGAUGAAGAUGAUGAGGAUGAACCUAAUGUUGGCUAUAAAGUGAGUGGCAACUUUGAUAUGACUUCAGUGUUGAAAGAUGAGGAGUUGGUGAAGCCUAUCAAAGAGGUCUAUUAUGAUGAGGAUGAUGAAGGAAAUGAUUUGGAUUUUGAUACUUUGAAACCUAUGCGUACAGUGGAGGAAGAGUAUGCAGAUUAUAGACAAGAAAGGCCAGAAGAUGUUGAUCAAGAAACCGCACAACAGCAGAAUAUCGUUGAUGAUGAGGAUGAAGAGGAUAACGAGUUUAUGCCCACUUUUGGUACGCAUAAUUGCAACAAUACAGAAACACUUCGUUCCUUAUUCAACCCAUCUACUUCAGACACUCAGCCCCAACCACAACAAUCAACUUUCAAACUAGCACUAUCGGAUGACGAUCACGAUAUUGAUGAGACGAAAAUAGGAGAAAGAGAUGAGCAACGACAGCUAUUGAAACAGAUUCAACAACGUAAACACGAGGAGUUUGCUCAGAGUCUACAACAACAGCGUCAGAAUCAAUUUGGCUUGUUCUGGCCCCAUUUCGACUCCCCCUUCUUAUCGACGCAGUCUCAAUUGGCCAAGAUUGGUAAUAUAGCAACAGGGGAUUCUGGGUUUUCCUUACCGCUGAUGAACAAUGGCUCUUCUGUUGAUGCGAUCGACGGCGCUGGUGGUGGUAGCGUUGAGAAAGAAGGUGAAACGGAUUAUGAAAAGUGGUUCUGGUCGGUGCGUGGUGAAUUUACUCGUGAGUGCAAGAGGCGUAAACGUGAUUUGAUGCGGAUUAUGCGAAAGAAGAGAAACUAG